GGUGAUUACAUAAUAGUCUAUGGUCUUUGACUUUGGUUUCUUGGUUAUAAAUAAGCGAUAUUUUUAUUAUUUUCUUAUUGUAUUUACUAAAUAUAGUAAUAAAAAGAGAUUAUAAAAUACAGAUUUGAAUUUGUUUUUCCUACAAAUUGUUAAAUAAAUGGAUUCACUUAACUUCCCACCGACCGAUCCAUCUAUGGAACCUGUACAACCUAUACCUAUGGAGACUGAUAAACUUAGUGCACCUGGCCCUUCGGAAGGUGUAGGGCCGACGAGUGGUAGACACGAAGAAUUCUCGGUGGAGAAGGUUCUAGAUCGGAGAAUUAAAAAUGGCAAAGUGGAAUAUUUGCUGAAGUGGAAAGGUUAUUCUGAUGAGGAUAACACAUGGGAGCCAGAAGACAACUUGGACUGUCCAGAGCUCAUAUCAGCAUAUGAGGAAGCUCGGCUGAAGAGAGAGCGAGAAGCUGCGCCGCCUGUAGAAGAGGAGGGACUGUCCACUCGCAAGAGGGCUAAACGGGGGGAAAAGAAAAAGAAAGUUGAGGAGAUAGAGAAACCCCGAGGUCUGGCUAGAGGUCUUGAGCCUGAGAAAAUCCUGGCCGGUCAAUUGUUCCACGGCACACUAUACUUUUUGGUCAAAUGGCAUGGCUGUACUGAAGUGGAUGUGGUUCUGGGUCACGAACUGGGGCAGGCUUACCCAGACUUUGUGAUAAGCUACUACGAGCAGUGCGCGCCUUUUAGCGUUCGAUAUAAAGCGGGGAGAGUGCCCCGGAUGGCGCCUGAGUUGCCGCCAUUAGAAACGACAGAAGAGCCAAGUGCAACUGCAAUGGAUACUUCCAUGCCAGAAUUUUCCACAGAGUCAUCAAACGUGGAAUUACCGGCUUCCAUAGCGCCAUCUAUCGCGGAGCCUGUGGAGACGUCGCUAGAGGUGCCGGUCAACUGACUGCCGUUCUAUAACACCAAUAGCAGUGAUUACUGACUAUUAUUAUUACUUUAAUUACUAUUAAAAAUGAAGAUUUAUUAAUAAUAUAAAAAUUUAAUGCAAAUGUGAGACAAUAUCCGGCAGGAAAGAGUCAGAAAAGAAGAUGAGAUUGAAUUAUUGAAUGAUAUAAUCGGCAUUGUCUCUGUAGCGGUUGCCACAUUCACAAGCAGAUGUCGCUUCUUCAAACAACAAAACGCUCGAAUACGAACCCAAGCCUGAUUACUCACGACGCACGGACUAGAUGGCAGCACGGGUAGCUUAAUCGGAAGCUCAAGUAGAACAUGCAACUCUCAAUCGCAUUGACAGAGCGUUUAUCAAUCUGCACUAUAUAUAGAAGUUUCACACUACAACCCCCGGCCCAGCUGGUGCUACCGAACACAACACCGCUCGGUGGGAAAUUUCCCUAUUAUUGGUACGGUUGAGCACACAUACCGCUCCCGUACAUCUCUUUCUAAAGUUCGAUAACAUGUAAUCUUUCCUGCCGGGUAGUGUAAAAAAAAGGCCCUAAAACCAACUAUGACCGCAUUAGAAAGGUCUCUCAUGUUCUGCAGAAUAUUAUACUGGCAUAACAUAACUGAGUAGGUUCCUACGGUAGUGCGGGGGGGUGAUGACGUGACGCGAGAGCUCAGUGAUUCGUCAACUUGUGACAACUGUCACCCUACCGCACCGCUCCACUACCGCAGAAGCCUACUCAGUUAUGCGCUAUACAGUCCGACAAGGCUCUUUUGGCGCGUGGCCAAACUCAGAACUAAAGUCGCCAUCUGGAGAAGUGCACUUGUUGAUAGUUCGCUGUGUCGGCAUAAAGCUACAACAGCGCCCUCAUUUCCGAAGUGCCAAAAGAGCCUUGUCGGACUGUACCUAUGGUUACAAAUGACAUCAAAUAAAUAUAAUUCUGAUUCGAUUGUUCGGGAGUAUUAAUUUUAAGAUAGUAAUGUAUAAAAUGAAACUAGUUUAUUAGUGACAUAAAAUUUUAUUAAAUGGCAAAAUGUGUCAUGAAAUAAAAAGAAUUGUGACUUGAACCUGCGCAGUGGGUGAAAUAUUGAUACUUUGGUGACGAAAAGUGAGGCGAGUCGAGUUAGUGUCAGGUAAAAAGAUCUCUGGCCGAAUGAAAAGGUUAUCUGCGUGUGAGUACUGUACUUUCCUACAGCGCGGGAAGCGAAGGCACAGUGCACAUGUUAGGGAACUUGUAACAAAACGUUGAGGCUUCGACGUCACUGGCAGGCGUCAAAAUGUUCCUACAUUUGACGCUAUGUAGUAGAUAUAAAUAGUCCUAUUUUUCUUUGAUUUCACGUCACCCAUAGCCUAAUUUUCGACAUAUCGUUGAAUUAGGAUCAAACCGAGAGUUCCUUCACUCUAGUUCACUUUGGCGAAGGAUUGACUGACGAGCCAGUAGCACGGCGGAACAGGAUACUCCGUCGUCGCGUUUCAUGUAGAUCAAUAAAUCACCGACUGCGCAGGUAUGAGGUCGUGACCUGACGUUUGUACAACUUAUGUUGUCGGGUGUUCUCAGUUUUUUUGUGAGGAAGAAAAAUUAUAACUACUGAGACCGGCAUGCACACCUGCAGAGUUAAGUGGAACUGAGGUGCAGCGUCCUCUGAUAUUAGAACAAUUAUUUAUUUUGCAUAAUGGUGGUGGCGGCGAGAUCUCUUACCGUCACCAACCUACCGUAUGUAAACCGUAAAGCAAAAAUCUGCCGUAAAGUAAAUGAAUGUUGUUAUUAACGCAAUGCUCGGGAUUUGUGUAAAAUAUGGUAUGAAAUUGCUUUACCACCCCUUAGGUUGAAUGUCGUUUGCACAUCAUGAAACUAGCCUUAGCGAAUUUUUGGUUUACUGGACAUUGUUGGCAAAAAUGGUAAAGCAAUUUUAUCGAUUAUUAUGUACAUGGCAUAAUUAUGUUAAAUGAAUUUCCGAAAAGCGCAACCGUCGAGUUUCUUGCUAGUUCUUCUCGGAAGUACAAUACCAACCAGUGUUAGAUACACUUAACGGUUCAAAAAGACCUUGUACCUAAAAGUUUAUUUGAAUAUAAAACUUUUCUAUUACCAAAAAAGACGCUGCGCUAUUGACUCCACUCCACUCCGUAGAUAUGCGUCGUAUUUAAGAGUAGCUUUGGACGCGCUGCCGUCGCUGGUUGUUUCAGGCUUUACAAAAAUAAGCCUUCCACAUGAAUCUAUAACUAUGGAUAGAGCACGCCUAAUGCCUACUUGAAGCAAACACUUCUCGCUAUCCCACUCCAACUGCUGAGUAAGAGUGAGAGGUUGGAAACCACUGGGAACGUGGGUUCCGACCUCUCGCUCUAAUUCGUUAGUCGAAGUGGGAUAGCGUUAAUUACUUAGAUACUUGCUUCAGCUUCAAGUAAGUUUUAGGUGCGCCUGAUCUACCUUUAUUAUAAUUUAAGUACAUUGGGCUUACAACAAUAAUGUAAAAACAUAUUGAUGUAAUAAAUAAAAUAAGUUAAAGGG